CUUUUACCCAAGCCCAAAAUUCCACUCAUCUGUUUGCACCACCACUACCAGAUGGGUGCUCUCAGACUGCCGUCCCUCACUUCGCUCUCCUCCGCCGCCGCAGCAGUUCCGCGCCACCACUUAUGCCGCCAACUCCGCCUCCCCCUGCGUCCCCUCUCCGCCGCCAAUUUCUCCGUGCAAAGCAGCACCGUUGAGAAAGAUGUCGCGGCACCCGCUCCGGAACUUGAGCAGAACUCGCCGAAACCCAAACUCCAGCAAGAAAAGGAUCGAGUUAUUACUCCUCGAUCGCAGGACUUCAAUGCUUGGUAUUUAGACAUUAUUGCUAAUGCGGAGCUAGCUGAUUAUGGUCCCGUCCGAGGCACCAUGGUCAUUCGUCCCUACGGUUAUGCCAUUUGGGAAGCAAUUCAGGAAUAUUUGAACGUGAAGUUUAAGGAGACUGGUCAUAGUAAUAUGUAUUUCCCUCAGUUUAUUCCGUACUCAUUCAUUGAGAAAGAAGCUAGCCAUGUUGAAGGUUUUAGUCCAGAAUUAGCGCUUGUAACUAUUGGAGGAGGAAAGGAGCUUGAAGAAAAGCUUGUGGUUCGACCUACAAGUGAAACAAUUGUGAACCACAUGUUUACACAGUGGAUUCAUAGUUAUCGUGAUCUUCCACUAAUGAUCAACCAGUGGGCUAAUGUCACAAGAUGGGAAAUGCGGACUAAACCCUUCGUGAGAACUCUUGAAUUUCUUUGGCAGGAAGGUCACACAGCUCAUGCUACCCCAGAGGAGGCAGAAAAGGAGGCACUUCAGAUGAUUGACAUGUACACGAAAUUUGCUUUUGAGCAAGCUGCAAUACCUGUUAUUGCUGGUCGUAAAUCAAAAGUGGAGACCUUUGCAGGUGCUUCGAGGACUUAUACAAUUGAAGCAAUGAUGGGUGAUCGGAAGGCCUUGCAGGCUGGAACAAGCCACAACCUUGGGCAGAAUUUCUCCCGUGCGUUUGGAACUCAGUUCACUGAUGAAAAUGGACAAAGACAACAUGUUUGGCAGACAUCAUGGGCAAUUAGCACCAGGUUUGUUGGUGGUAUCAUUAUGACACAUGGCGAUGAUGUUGGCUUGAUGCUUCCGCCCAAUCUAGCCCCUGUACAGGUCAUAGUAGUUCCAAUAUGGAAGAAGGCAGAUGAGAGGACAGGAGUUUUAGAUGCUGCCUCAUCUGUGAAACAAACUCUUCAAGCUGCCGGAAUCAAGGUCAAAAUUGAUGACUCCGAGCAGAGAACACCUGGCUGGAAGUUCAAUUUUUGGGAAAUGAAGGGUGCCCCCCUAAGGAUUGAAAUUGGACCUCGAGAUGUUUCAAAUGGGAGUGUGGUUGUUUCCAGAAGAGAUAUUCCUGGGAAACAAGGGAAAGUUUUUGGCAUAUCAAUGGAAUCUUCAACUUUAGUGGCUUAUAUAAAAGGCAAGUUGGAUGAGGUCCAAUCCUCUCUUCUUGAAAGGGCAACAUCAUUUCGGGACAGUAACAUUGUUGACGUGUGCUCAUAUACCGAGCUUAAAGAAGCAAUAGCUCAAGGUAAAUGGGCAAGAGGCCCUUGGUCAGCCAGCGAUGAAGAGGAACUGAAGGUGAAAGAAGAAACAGGGGCAACCAUCCGAUGUUUUCCUUUCGAGCAGCCACAGGGGACGAAGAAAUGCUUGAUGACCGGCAAUCCAGCAGAUGAAGUAGCACUCUUUGCAAAAUCUUACUAGUUUGAACGUCAAAGAAUGCGUUCCCAAUCACCCUAAUAGCAGUGUUACUGGUAAAUGCAUGCCCUGAAUAAUGUUAUUUUCACCAGCUAAGAUUAGAACAUGCUUCCCCGAUUAAAUCCGUAUUCUUUACAAAUCUCUCCCUUUGACUUCUGGUAUUUGAUUUUUAAGAUAAAUUUUAGAUACAGUUACACUAUCUGCUUGUUGUACACUACAGAUUCUGUAAAUUGCAAUUUGAGCUAUACCGUUCUCCAGUA